AUGGGGCAAUAUGUCCUUGGUUACGUCACAUUGGUGUACUGGCCUUGGAGACAUCAGAAAGGGUGUCGGCAAGAAGCGGGCUGCAACGUACUCAGCUUUAAACGUCGUGUUGAUCCGGACCAGGAAUUGGAGUUGGCCUCCUGUGUAGAUGGAGUCACCUCUGAUCUGAGCGAAGUGUUGUCUCAAAGCGACUAUUUGGCGAACGUGCUGCCCAGACGCAGACCGGUGUUCAUAAACGUCGAACGCGGUGAUGUGGUAGCUGAAGAGACAAUUAUCAGCGCCCUAGACAAUGGUAUAUGGUCUCGUGCUGUGCCGGGUGUGUAUGAGAAGGAGCCACUGCCACCUCAAAGUGGACUCAUUUUCGUGGCCAAUUUCAAUUGUUAUCUACGUGGUGGGACCAUGACCUACAAGUUGGAUUGGGCUACAGGGUACUAG